CUUGACCAGCGUCAUGGACGGCAGGGAGGUCGAGCGCGAGCGGCCGGAGCUGCACGACCCGCACGUGCCGCGCUUCCCCGUGAUCUACAAGGAGCCGACCUUCCGGCAGGUGCGCGACAACGUGAGCCAGGCCGACCUCGUCCAGAGCGCGGCGCUGGGCGUCGCGUCCUUCCCGCUCGGCUACAUCGUUGCCCGCCAGUUGGACCGCAGCUUGGCGCGUCCAGGCAUGUGGUUCACGGGCAUCAUCGGCACGGUGGGCGGCGCCAUGCUGGCGUACCAGAACUCGUCGCUGCGUCUGCAGGGGUUCGGCCGCAACGACGACGAGGUGGCCCGCUACCAGCCUGCCAAGAGCGAAGAGUGAACGUCUCCACGAAGUAAUACAUGAGCAGAGAUUUGAUAGAGUUUGUGUGCACAGUGCAGGUAUGCAGCUGCAUGCCUUAGCUGCGCGCAGGGAACUUCACUUGGGGCGAGCAUUUCAGGCGUGGAGAGAGGAACCGCGACAGCUAGAAGUCAACGAUACGAUGGUCGCGUGUGCAAUAUAU